AUGGCGCCUUCAGCAAUGCCUGAUUCUAAUGGUGUCACUACCAAUGGUAUCAAUGGUGGAGGUGUUCCCUAUGCAGAGGCAAAAACUGAAGAUGCAUACAAAGUCCUUCCCCAGUAUCAUUCGCAAGCUUCGAAGCUUCGAGUGGCAAGUAUCGGUGCUGGUGCAUCUGGACUUUGCCUUGCAUAUAAAAUGGAGCGUAUGUUAGAGGCAGGAACUUGGGAGCUUACCCUUUUUGAAAAGAACCCUCAUUUUGGUGGAACCUGGUACGAAAACACAUACCCUGGUGUUGCUUGCGAUAUUCCGUCACAUCUAUACACCUUUUCAUGGGAUCCAAAUCCAAAUUGGAGCCAUUACUUUGCAUACGGACCGGAGAUUCAGAAGUACUUUGAGAACUUCGCAGAGAGACACGGCAGUAAAAAGUACAUGAAGUUGAAUUCAAAGGUCAUCGAAGCUAGGUGGAAUGAAGCUGCUGGCAAAUAUACCAUCGUUCUCGAGAACCCAAUCACCGGGCAGAAAUGGGAAGAUUGGUGUCAUGUGCUCGUCAACGGCUCGGGCAUUCUGAACAACUGGAAAUGGCCCGAGAUUGAAGGUUUACAUGAUUUCAAGGGAAAGCUAACACACUCUGCGCACUGGGAUCACGACAUAGAUUUCAAUGACAAGAGUAUCGGCUUGAUUGGCACAGGGUCGUCCUCAGUCCAGAUUGUUCCUCAACUUCAAAGGCAGGUUAAGCACAUGGAUGUUUUCAUGAGAAGUCCAACGUGGAUCAGCCCCCCAUUCGGUGGCGGCGUGCUACACGAAGAGCUCCUCAAAGGAGCAGAAGAAGAACCCGGAGAGCGACAAUACACAUUCACUGAGGCUGAUAAGAAGAAGUUUGCCGAUGACCCAGAGUACCUGCUACUGUUCCGAAAGAAGAUAGAGGCAGAAAUCAACUCGCUUUUUGGGAUGUAUCAACAGGGCUCUGAAAUGUCGAACCAAUUCCGAGAAGUGAUAAGGACGGAAAUGAAUAGAAGAAUCGGGCCAGGGAACGAGAAGCUAAAGGAGUUCAUCAUUCCAAAAUGGUCACCAGGUUGCCGAAGAAUCUCUCCUGGUGAUGGUUAUCUAGAAGCUUUGGUCAAGGACAAUGUCCAACCGGUCUUUAGUGGCAUCAAGAAGGUUGUACCAGAAGGGAUAAUAACCGAGGAUGGAGCUCUACACAAGAUGGAUGUUCUCGUUUGCGCCACGGGAUUCCAAGUUGCUUUCAGACCCGCUUUCAAGGUCGUGAAUGGCGAUGGAGUCACACUAGAUGAGGAUUGGGGCAAAGGGCCAAAUCUUUACCUUGGACUCUCCGCUCCUCGAUUCCCUAAUUUCUACACCAUCGUCGGACCAGGUGCGACAUGGUCGAGCGGGACCCUGCUGCCAUCGAUCGAAACCAGCGUUGAAUACGCCAUUAAGAUGAUGCGAAAGAUUCAGAAAGAGCAGAUUAAAUCAAUCGAUGUCAAACAAGAGGCCCUCGAUGAUAUUUACGCUCAUUUCGAUGAGUUUCACAAAACCACCGUUUGGCAAGAAGAGUGCCGCAGUUGGUUUAAAGAUGGAAAGGUCAAGAACAGAAUCUACUUGUGGCCAGGAUCGACAAUACAUUUCCUGAAGACCAUCAAGGACCCUCGCUUCGAAGAUUACAACAUUCGAUACCGAUACAAUAAUCGGUUUGCAUUCUUAGGGAAUGGAGAAGUCAAGGCCCACACCAUUAAGGGCAACGUUCAGGGUCUGGCACCCUAUGUAAGAAAUCACGAUCACGAGUGGUCGAUCGAGUAG